AAUUAUGGUGCCAGUUCAAGGAAAAAGUCCCGCCUUUCAGGAGAAACAGCCAAUCAGAUUUCUGGAGGUGCAGAGGAGGGUCAGUGUGGGGAAGCCCUCCCCCUCGCUGUAAGUUCAGGAGCUGACGUUUAAACAUAUCUGGAUAUACAGAAAUUUUUCUAAAAGAAAGAAAUGAAAAUAUUCUCCUGAAAUUCAUCACCAACAACCAGGAUAUUUAACUAAGAGCAAUGUUAAACUGCUGAAAGAGGUGAAGCACAAGACAUCCUGAAAAACCUCCAGAACACGCAGAAAUUGUUUGUUACAUUUAACAGACAAAUUAAGCCAAGUCCCGACAUGGAGAAACAUCAGCACUCUGUCAAGAGUUUUACCAAACAGAGUGAUCUCAAAAUACACCAGCACAUUCACACAGGAGAGAAACCGUAUCACUGCUCAGACUGUGGGAGGAGUUUUACUGCACAGAGUACUCUCAAAAAACACCAGCGCAUUCACACAGGAGAGAAACCUUAUUACUGCUCAGACUGUGGGAAGAGUUUUAAUCAACUGAGUAAUCUUAAAAAACACCAGCGAAUUCACACAGGAGAGAAACCGUAUCACUGCUCAGACUGUGGGAGGAGUUUUACUGCACAGAGUACUCUCAAAAAACACCAGCGCAUUCACACAGGAGAGAAACCGUAUCACUGCUCAGACUGUGGGAAGAGUUUUACUCAACAGAGUAAUCUCAAAAAUCACCAGCGCAUUCACACAGGAGAGAAACCGUAUCACUGCUCAGACUGUGGGAACAGUUUUAAUCAACAGAGUGCUCUCAAAAAACACCAGCGAAUUCACACAGGAGAGAAACCGUAUUACUGCUCAGACUGUGGGAGAAGUUUUACUGCACAGAGUACUCUCAAAAAACACCAGUGCAUUCACACAUAUUACUGCUCAGAAUGUGGGAACAGUUUUAGUCAACAAAAUACUCUCAUACUGCAUCAGUGCUUUCACACAAGAGUGAAACCAUAUUACUGCUCAGAAUGUGAGAAGUGUUUUACUACACAGACUCAUCUCAAAGUUCAUCAGCGCAUUCACACAGGGGAGAAACCGUAUCACUGCUCACACUGUGGGAGGAGUUUUACUGCACAGAGUACUCUCAAAAAACACCAGCGCAUUCACACAGGAGAGAAACCAUAUCACUGCUCAGACUGUGGGAAGAGUUUUAGUCAACAGACUCAUCUCAAACUGCAUCAGCGCAUUCACACAGGAGAGAAACCGUAUCACUGCUCAGACUGUGGGAAGAGUUUUAGUCAACAAAAUACUCUCAAACUGCAUCAGCGCAUUCACACAGGAGAGAAACCGUAUCACUGCUCAGACUGUGGGAAGAGUUUUACUCAACAGAUACAUCUCAAAAAUCACCAGCACAUUCACACAAGAGAAAAAAAUAUCACAAAUUUGUGAUACAAAGUAAAAGUGCGAAUCGUAAAUCUUUUGGACGGAACACCUUAUCCUACACAAAUGUUUCACUUGGGACACGUUCUGCCAGAAAUGAACAUGAAUUGAAUUUAACAAUACAUAUUACAGGUUCAGCUAAAUUAAUCCAAUCCGGUAGGAGUUCAGUUCUGAAGAAGUUCAAAUGAGGGCACUGCCAAUGUUUGCCCCAGACGUUAGAUUAGCAUAACUAAAUCCAAUCCCCAGAUAGAUUUGCGGAGCGCGGUGGGAAAGUAAUGACAGGACGCUGAUGUUUUUAAAACACAACCAACACCCAACCCCCCCGAUGAUUUUAAAACGCAUCGCCCCCACUCACUAUUAACCACCAGGCCCAUUAAUAUGAAAGGAGAGGGGGAACACUCUAAGCCACUCCAGAGAGUGCUCCCAAAAGUGAGACCCAGAGCCACAGAGAGACGACACUGUGCCUAGUACGGCUGUGUGGACCGGAGGAGCAUCCAGACCCCGCAGAGAGGCCAACAAAAUCCUUUCCAGAGGUUGAAUAAAACGCUCCAGCUGUAGUUCUCAUACUGAAAUCAACCCACUCCAGGUUUGUGUAGUGCAGUAAGGUUGCGGGCUCAUUCGUUCCCUCUGUUGGUGUUGGUCUAUGGUUCAGUCGCUCUGAUUAAAAAUCUGUUACCAUAGAGGGAUAAAGAGGAAUAUCUUUGUAUUGCUUCACCUCUAUAUUUACUUAUAUGUGUGGGUUUCAAUAAAAAAGACUUUUAUAUUAAAAUAUCCGCUCAAGAAAUGGUUGAUAACCUCUCUGUGACCUGAUGGAUCUUCAGAACUACUUUUGUUAUUAUUUUGUAAGUAUUAACAGGCACCCAAAUGAGAAUUCCAAAAAUGUAAGCUUUUAGCAGAUGCUCCCAACAGGUUUACAAUGCUAGUAAGUAAGUAAUCUCUUUUUAUAUAACACUUUUUCAGAGCAACUCACAAAGUGUUUUACAGAUUAAAGAAAAUAUGUAAAAAUAGAUAAAACUGUCACGCCUGACUCUGUCAACCUGCCUGCUCCUGAAGCCUCUCUGCCUAAAGACUCAGUUUCCCAGCAGCCUCAGGCUCAGAACUACAGUGACUCUGAGAAUCACGUGUCUCUCAAGCAUUUCCACUUGGUCUUAUAAAUACUCCCUCAGUGCAACUCCCUAGUUGCUGCGUAUUAUCUAGUUUUCUAUCUCUGUACAAAGCGUUCUUUCUUGUCUCUGAUUCUCUGUUUCUUGACCCUUUUUCUGCCUACCGUUUACUCUAGUGCUUAGACCUCGUUUUGUUUUAUUUCUGGUUACCAACUUCUAUCAGGGACAUUGCCUGUCCCUGACUACCUCUGUUUGUCUAGUCCUGUAAAUAAACCUGUGUUUACUAAUUAGC